AUGAAGGGAGCCCUCGAACUUCUUGCUCUCUCCUUGUUUGCCCCGGGCAUUGCCCUCGCCCGCCCGCAAUGCAAGUCCUCCCCCCUGGACGCUUCCUGGCCCUCCAUCGACGAAUGGCAAGCCCUUAACGCAUCCAUCGACGGCACCCUUAUCCGAACUGCGCCAGCAGCCUCCGCAUGCUACCCCGGAAAUCCCUUCAAUGUCUCCAACUCCUGCGACGAAGUGCGCAAGAAUUGGAGCUAUGAGGAGUACCAGGCUGCACUGCCGGAGGGGAUCGAUUCGCCGAUGUACGCUAACAACUCCUGUCUUCCGCCUGGUGUAUCGGGUUACAACCCGAGCAAAGGAUGUGCUGUUGGUGGUUCACCGUCGUACAUCGUCGAGGCGAGGACUGAGCAUCAGGUUGCUGUCGCUGUUGCGUGGGCGACGAAGCGGGAUAUUCGUGUUGUGGUUAAGGGGACUGGACACGAUUAUAACGGACGGUCGAGCGGCGCAUAUGCUUUGAGUAUCUGGACGCACGCCCUCCGCAACAUCGAAUACCAUCCCCAAUGGCCCCUUCCCGACGGCAACGGUACGGAAAGCGCAAUUGUCACCGGCAGUGGAAACACCUGGAGCGUGCUCUACGGCUUUGCCAACCAGCUCAACCGUGUCGUGGUUGGUGGCGGUGACCACAGUGUUGGACUUGGGGGAUAUCUCCAAGGAGGAGGUCACGGUCCUCUCUCCAGCCAGUUUGGUCUGGGCGCCGACCAGAUCCUUCAGGCCACGGUUGUCGCGGCAGACGGUCAAGUGCUGACGGCCAACAAUGUCCAGAACCGGGAUCUUUUCUGGGCGAUCAAGGGCGGAGGUGCUGGACAGUAUGGUGUUGUCACCGAGUACGUGCUGAAGAGUCAUCCUGCGCCAUCGAACGUGGUUACCGGUAGCUUGAGCGUGUACGGAGCUCGCAACGCCAGCGCAGACGAGGCCUGGAGCGCAGUCACCGCGGUGCUGAGCAGUAUCCCUGAUCUCAUGGACUCUCUGCCCCUUGCAGGUACCAUUAACGUCGCCGCAGGUGCCACCGGCAAGAGCAUGGUUGGCGCCAACUACACCGUCCCCGGCGCCGUGAUCGCACCCUCGUUCUACGGCUACAACAUGACGAAAACCCAACUGCAUGACGUCCUCCAAUCCCUAGCCGCCAAAGCCAGCGCCGCAAGCAACCGCACCGGCUCCAUUAUCGCAACACCCGGCGCAAUCCAGUCCUACCCGAGCUUCCUUGCCUUCUUCAAUAGCACAAACAGCUCCCCAACGGCCAGUGUAUCCUCCUCCCUGAUGUCCUCCCGCCUCCUCGGCCGCGCAGAACUCACCAACCUCCCAAUGCCCGACCUCAAACGACACCUGCAGAACUUCGUCGAGGGCGAAAACGGCUCCAUGCUUCUCUUCGGCCUGCAAGGCGGCCGCGGCCCUCGCACCGUGCCCUCUCACCUUCGCGGCGCGGUGAACCCCGUCUGGCGGAGCGUCUACGCGCACGUUCUCAGUUUCGGAGCGCCAAUCAACGUAACGGGCGUUCCUAGCGUCGAACUCCCAAAGGCAGGGAGAUGGUCUGAGACGCACCGCGAGGCAUAUUGGAGAGUGUGGGCACCGGAUACGGGGGCGUAUAUGAACGAGGCGAAUACUUUUAACACACAUUGGAAGAAGGACUUUUAUGGGGUUUAUUAUGAUCAGUUGUUGAAGAUCAAGAUGAAGUAUGAUCCAAGUGGGAGUUUGUUUGUGCGGAAUGGGGUUGGGAGUGAUCAGUGGGAUUAUGAUUUGGACACGGGGUUGCUUUGUCGGGUUGAUUGA